AAAAUCUAACACUUGCGGAGGAAAUGUAUGUCGAGUCAACCAAGAAUACCUAUUUUGAUGAGUCAUCAGAUUCUUUUAUUACAUCGAUUUUCCGAGCAAAUAGAUAUUUUGUAGGAAAAAAU